AUGCGCGACACACCUUCCAAAUUCAUCGAGAUCCUCGAUCCAAAAGACUCAUCCCUCCGCAUGUCCGACUCAGAUGUCCGCCUCGAAGAUGUCCUCGCAGACCACGAAGCAACCCUCACCAACCGCGCCUGCUCCUCAACUCAGUCCUCACCGAAAUCACUAGCCAAGACUGUCUCCAGCACGAACAUGACUUCUCCAACGCCGCGAUGGAGGCGUUUGAGUAGUAUCCUUGUGCAGCCGCGUCGCAAUUCUUGA